UUUCCCCUAACAUUCAUGUAAGUCUUUAAAGUUUUAUUUUUAGAACCUUUUGCUUGAAGGGAAGACCUCUUGGGUCUGCCUUUCCUAAAUAUAUUUGUUGAGAGUGCUUUGAGGACACAUGGUGUCCAUAUGUGCUUAUGAAUUCUCUUGGAUAAUUGCUUUGGAGCACUGUGAGGAAAGAUGGAAUCCUGAGCAACAACUUAUUUAGAAGGAUUUGAAAGCUCUCAGCUGUACCCAAUUUUUACACCCCUGUCAGCCAUCCUGCCACCAGAAUGGCUCCACCAGAGUCACUGAGGUCCUGUUAUGAGUGACUUUGUAAUUAAUAACGGGAUUAAUAGGAUUUGAGUUGGUGCUCAAUCAAUGUGGGCUCCUGUACUCCUGGACUCAUAGAUGUUUAUUUCAUUACAAUAACAUUAAUUGUAAGAGGUUCCAAAUAUUUGCUGAAGUGACCUAAAAUGUAUGAAUUGGUGUUCAUAAUAUUAUUUCUUCUGGCUUACAUUUAAAUAUGAGCACAAGAAGUAUAUUUAUAUAAAUAAAAUACUAAAACUGGUUUUAAAAGUUCAUGCUGUGUGCUGUUUUGCAUCGUGGUCACCUUGCAUAAUGAAUGAGGCUCAGACAAAAGAUUUGGACUAAGAAAACCGUAGAGGAACAUUUAAAUUUCCAGUAUGGUAAGAUCAUGUUACUCUAUACUAGUUUUGAAAGUUUGGAUGUAUGAGAUACAAGUUGUAAUUAAACUGAUGGUAAGAGGUUGCUUUCAGAGGUACUUAAAGCCAAGUUCCAAUGAUUUAUGUGUCUUUCCAGCUUGUGUGGUUGUUGGGGGUUGUCUCAUGGCGUUGCUGUCCAGGAUAAUUGGCCAAAGUGGGUUCAGUGCUUACCAAUGUUAUGACAGAAGGUUUGCUUUUAUAUUAAGGGAGAGUUGAAUCUCUUUAGGCACUUAAGUUUCCUGUGGUGUCUUACCUGAGAAUUUGCUGUAUGAUCAUAUAUCUUCACUUACACAUUUAAACUUGUAGUGUUGCUGACUUUUUUUUUUUUUUUCUGGCAAUGGAAAGAAUUUUUAAACACAGGAAGCUCAAUAAAGAGGGUUCAUUAAAAUAUUAGUACAUUUUCUAAAAUCUGUAGCUGUACUGAUGCUUAAUUUCAGGCAUGCAUAAAUACUUCCAUUCUAAAUUUUUUGAAUAAACUUCUUUUGUUCUUCAACAGAGGUGUUAUGAACAUAAGCAGUAUAGAAAUGGGCUGAAGUUCUGUAAACAGAUCCUUUCCAAUCCCAAGUUUGCAGAACAUGGAGAAACCUUGGCAAUGAAAGGACUAACACUGAACUGUCUAGGGAAGAAAGAGGAAGCUUAUGAACUUGUGCGCAGAGGCCUAAGGAACGACUUGAAGAGUCAUGUCUGUUGGCAUGUCUAUGGCCUUCUUCAGAGGUCAGAUAAGAAGUAUGAUGAAGCUAUCAAAUGCUAUAGAAAUGCACUGAAAUGGGACAAAGACAAUCUUCAAAUCUUGAGAGACCUUUCUCUGCUACAGAUUCAAAUGAGGGAUCUUGAAGGUUACAGGGAAACAAGAUACCAGUUGCUUCAGCUCCGACCUGCACAGCGAGCAUCAUGGAUUGGUUAUGCCAUUGCUUACCAUCUGCUGGAAGACUAUGAAAUGGCAGCAAAAAUUUUAGAGGAAUUUAGGAAGACACAGCAGACAUCACCUGACAAAGUGGACUAUGAGUACAGUGAACUGCUGCUCUAUCAGAAUCAAGUCCUCCGGGAAGCAGGGCUGUAUAAAGAAGCCUUGGAGCAUCUCUGUACCUAUGAGAAGCAGAUCUGUGAUAAACUGGCUGUUGAAGAAACUAAAGGAGAACUCCUGCUUCAGCUUGGCAGACUUGAAGAAGCGGUUGAAGUCUACAAGGGACUGCAAGAAAGAAAUCCUGAAAACUGGGCUUACUACAAAGGCUUAGAAAAGGCACUUAAGCCAGCUAAUAUGAUGGAGAGACUAAAGAUCUAUGAAGAGGCCUGGACUAAAUACCCAAGGGGACUAGUUCCAAGAAGAUUACCAUUAAACUUUUUGUCUGGUGAAAAGUUUAAGGAAUGUCUGGACAAGUUUUUAAGGAUGAAUUUCAGCAAGGGUUGCCCACCAGUCUUCAAUACUUUGCGGUCGUUAUAUAAAGACAAGGAGAAGGUGGCAAUCAUAGAAGAGCUCGUGAUAGGUUAUGAAACCUCUCUAAGAAGCUGCAGGUUAUUUAACCCAAAUGAUGAUGGUAAAGAAGAACCUCCAACCACUUUACUCUGGGUCCAGUAUUAUUUGGCUCAACAUUAUGAUAAAAUUGGACUGCCAUCCCUGGCUCUAGAAUAUAUAAAUGCUGCUAUAGAAAGUACUCCCACUUUGAUAGAGCUCUUCCUUGUGAAGGCAAAAAUCUAUAAGCAUGCUGGAAAUAUUAAAGAAGCUGCAAGGUGGAUGGAUGAGGCUCAGGCUUUGGACACAGCAGACAGAUUCAUCAACUCCAAAUGUGCAAAAUAUAUGUUAAAAGCAAACUCCAUUAAAGAAGCAGAAGAAAUGUGCUCUAAGUUUACACGGGAAGGCACCUCUGCAGUAGAGAACCUUAACGAAAUGCAGUGCAUGUGGUUUCAGACAGAAUGUGCACAAGCCUACAAAGCAAUGAACAAAUUCGGAGAAGCACUUAAGAAAUGCCAUGAAAUUGAGAGACAUUUUGUAGAAAUCACAGAUGACCAGUUUGACUUCCAUACUUACUGUAUGAGGAAGAUCACCCUUAGGUCUUAUGUGGACUUGUUAAAACUAGAAGAUGUGCUUCGACAACAUCCCUUCUACUUCAAAGCAGCACGAAUUGCCAUAGAGAUCUAUCUGAAACUUCAUGAUAAUCCCCUAACAGAUGAAAACAAAGAGCAUGAGGCUGAUACAGCAAACAUGUCUGACAAGGAGCUAAAGAAACUACGAAAUAAGCAGAGAAGAGCCCAGAAGAAAGCACAACUGGAGGAGGAGAAGAAAAAUGCUGAGAAGGAGAAGCAACAGAGGAAUCAGAAAAAGAAAAAAGAUGAUGAUGAUGAAGAAAUUGGAGGACCGAAAGAGGAACUUAUCCCUGAGAAGCUGGCAAAGGUUGAAGCGCCUUUGGAAGAAGCCAUUAAAUUUUUAACACCCUUGAAGAAUUUAGUGAAGAACAAAAUAGAGACUCAUCUUUUUGCCUUUGAGAUUUAUUUUCGAAAAGAGAAGUUCCUCCUAAUGCUUCAGUCUGUGAAGAGAGCCUUUGCUAUUGAUUCUAGUCACCCUUGGCUUCACGAGUGUAUGAUUCAUCUCUUCAGCAGUGUAUCUGAAAGUAAGGAUCUGCCUGAUGCUGUUAGAACAGUGUUAAACCAAGAAAUGAAUCGGCUUUUUGGAGCAACUAAUCCAAAGAACUUCAAUGAAGCUUUCCUUAAAAGGAACUACGACUCACUGCCACAUAGAUUAUCAGCUGCCAAAAUGAUGUACUAUUUAGAUCCUUCCAGUCAGAAAAGGGCAGUGGAACUGGCGAUGACCCUGGAUGAAUCCCUUAUUAACAGAAAUCUUCAGACUUGUAUGGAGGUAUUAGAAGCUUUAUGUGACGGUAGCCUUGGAGACUGUAAAGAAGCAUCUGAAACUUACAGAGCAAAUUGUCAUAAGCUUUUCCCUUAUGCUUUGGCUUUCAUGCCCCCUGGAUAUGAAGAGGAUAUGAAGAUCACAGUUAAUGGAGAUAGUUCUGCAGAACCUGAAGAACUGGCCAAUGAAAUAUGAACAACUUUAUUGGAAAAAAAUGACGUUGGACCAUAUCUGGUGUAUAAUAUUUUUGUCACGCACCUGCUGAAUUGUUCUAACUUACACAAAGAACAGAAGGAAAAAAAACCCGUUGCCUUCAAAUAGUUUUACUUUUUUUUUAUCCUGCUGACAAAGUAUAUAUAUAAAAUAUCUAACAUAUUACUGGUUAAUAGGUUGUUUGGUUUCUUAAAAAUUAAAAGCUGCUAAAAUUGACAAAAAGGAAAAAAUAAACAACCCUUUUCCUCACCUACCCACCGAUGUUUUUAAACUAAUUUAUACGAGACCUGGAGGUGUGUAGCCCUCAGAGCAGGUGUGUGGCAGAAAUAUUAACUUUAAAUUUGUCUUGUGAGAUUACUGUUAUCUCAGACAGCAAAACUGCUGUUUUAGCACUGGAUUCUUUCACUGAGCACAAAGAGUUGAUGGGGCUUUAGCAUCUGACUGAUUUUGAUACGGGGGAUGAUUGUGUCCAUAGGAAGUAUGCAAUGUGAAUCAGAAUAUACAGAGAAACCUGCAACAUAUUUGCUAUGUUGGGGUGCUUGGACAUACGGAUAUCAACCAGAAUUAAGAAACAUAGUGUGUUCAAUAAGCUUGUUGUGUCUCUGAAAUUCACUGUACACGAUCAGUUCGGUGUUCUUGCACCACAGUUUUUACCUGAAGGAACCAGUUAAAAAUGGUCUCUCUUGGAAUUAAACUUGGGGUGGGGAGAGGAGAAUCAACAUUGCUGUUCUUGAGAUGAACCUAUUGGCAUAGGUUGGCCAAACUUUUUAAAACUGUAAUGCAAGAACCAAAUAAAAUUAUGCACUGUGAUGUGGCACCAAUUAGAAAGAUCGCAUGCAUUUUUCACGUAGAGUGAAAACAAAAUGAGAACAUACUAUGGCUUGAAGUUGCAAAGAGGAAAACUCCUGACUACCAUUUUGACUGAUCAAGAGACUAAUAGAUUAAAACCUCAGCAGGCCUUGUUCACGUUAUGCAGAAAAAAAAAAAAAAGUGCUGCAGUUUAGAUACCUCUGGAACUUUUCCACAGUGUCACAGGUUUGUAAUACUUGAAGCCCUACAUUUCUAAGAAUAUAUUUCUUGCUCAGUUGUUUCAGGCAAGCCCAAGACUUUGUAACUUUUAAGGGGCCCAAGAUUUUUUUUUCAAUAACAGACCAGCUUCUUAUUCCUGCAGUUACAGAUGUAAUUUCCUUUGUCAAACAUAAGGUACCAAAUAUAAUGCAAUAAAACGUUUUGAAAAACAACUGUGUGAAUAUUUAAA